AUGAGCUCCUUGACGGAAUUGUUAACUGCGUUAGGUAGCCCAGACCCCUCAGUGCGGAUUCCAGCGGAAGAACAAGUGAACCGAGCCAAGCAGGGAGGUUUAGGUGGGUUCCUGUGCAGCUUGUUGGAGGAGUUUCGGGAUGAGUCAAAGCCACUGUUCGCUCGAAAUAUGGCUGGAACUUUGCUGAAAAACGCCGUUGCGCCAAAUCUUCGUGAAACGGCAGCUCGUCGCGCUCUGGAACGGGAAUGGAAAAAUCUCCCGGUUGCCCUUCGGACUGAGGUGAAGCAAUGCGUUCUGUCGACACUUGGUUCACCAAAAAAAGAUAUACAGAAUGUGGCAGCAAAUAUUAUUGGGAAUCUUUCGCGCAUAGAGUUACCGGCAGGGGAGUGGCCGGACCUCAUGGACAUACUAAUAAGUGCAACGGAGUCUCAAAGUGAAUUUCACCAGGUGGCAGCUCUAACAGCAAUCGGUUACGUGUGCGAAGAAGGACAUGACCACGAGGACGUUGAAGCAGCGUUGAUAAAUUAUACGGGUGGCAUUCUGAACGCUGUUGUGUGUGGUAUGAACAGCGGAAAGGAGGAAGUGUGUUACUGCGCAACAAAUGCGCUAUGUAAUGCCAUGGAGUUCAUUCAUGACAAUAUGCAACAACAAAACCAGAGGGAUCUUCUCGUCGACACUCUCUGCCGCACUGUCGCAUCAAGUCACAACUCCCGUACUCGUGAAAAAGCGAUGGAGUCGUUAGUUAAAGUUGCCGACAUGUACUAUUCCACACUUCCUAACUACAUCGAUCGGUUACACGCCAUCACAACCGGGGCUAUCUUUGGUGAAGAAGAAGGUGUUGCAUUGCAGGCGAUGCUUUUUUGGAUUUCCAUCUGUGAAACUGAAUUGGAUAUGAAGGAAAGCGCUGACCCGCGGUGCUUAUUCUACGCCCAAAAAGGGGCUUCCAUGCUAGUGAAUAUUUGCCUUCAAACUAUUGUGCGGCAGGAGGAGGGCCAAGAAGAGGGUGACUGGAACAUUGCGAUAGCUGGCGGUAAACUCUUACAGAGCCUUGCUAUGUGUAUUCAAGAUCCUGUUGUCGAUCUCGUAAUGCCAUUUGUAUAUAGUAACAUUGAGGGCGCAACAUGGAGAGAAAAAGAGGCAGCAGUUCUGGCAUUUGGUUGUAUUUUGAACGGUCCUAAUGCAGAUAAAAUUCAAGAUACCGUUGCGCAAGCUGUGCCCGGACUUCUGCAGUACAUUCGUCAUGAUCAUCCCUUGGUUGCUGAUACAGCUGGCUGGGUACUCGCCACUGUGUGCGAACUUUUUGGUGACGUGUUUCUGCUUCAGCCGUGGAACCUACAGCAAUUGAUCAACAUCGUCACACCAAUGAUCGGUGAAGGAACUGAGAAAGCUAUCAGGGGGUGCCACAUUGUACAUAAUCUCUCGCUUACCUAUGAGGAGGAGGACUGCCAACCCACUAACGAGUUAUCGCGAUACUUUGCCGAACUGCUAAACGUGCUGCUUUUGGCGAUUGACAAGGGUGUCGAUUACACUGUGAAAAGCGUCGCUCAAGAGGCGUUGAAUGCGCUUAUUGAUGCAGCUGCCGUUGACUGCCUUCAGUUUCUUAAUCUUCUUGUGCCUGAGCUGCACAAACGCAUUUACAAUGUGUUGGGAGAGCGUCAACAAGGCCAAGUGGGUGAGAUGGAGGCUUCCUCAUUGCUUGGCUUGCUGUGUGGGUCGCUGGGAAGCACUGCCAGGAAGUUGAUGCUUGCGUUUAAUGAGCAUCUACAACCGAGUAUGGAGAUUGUACUGAAGAUACUCGAGAACCCUCAGGGCACCGUUCUAGAGGAGGUGCUCACGAUGUUAGGGAGUUUUGCUCAUGCCGUUAAGCAAGGAAUGGCACCUUACCUUGAUCGCAUCACAGGUCAUGUGGUUAAAGCAUUGCAGUGUGUGGAUGAACCCGAUCUUGUUACAGUGGCUGUGGGUACGGUGGGUGAUCUUUCGUUGGGGGUACAGAAAGAUCUCGCCCCUUACGUGGAAGGUAUUCUUGGCGCCUUGUACGGCAAUCUGCAGAACCCCGAAGUGGAUCGCUGUGUAAAGUGUAUUUUCCUCAACUGCAUCGGCGAUAUUGUGUUGAACGUAGGCGAGGCGAACUUUGCUCAGUAUGUAAACAUUUUUAUGCCGUUUGUCCAUUCCAUGUUUGAGCAGAGUUGUGGAGUAAACGUAACUGAUGAUCCCGAUAAUGAGGAGUAUGUUAUGUCCUUAUGGGAGAGUAUCUCUACUUUGUACACGAGUGUGUGCCAAAGUUUUAAGGGCAACGAAAUCCCUCUGGCUCCAUAUUUACAAAACAUGCUACAGUUUGUCCUUUACACCGCACCUCUCGCCAAGUCUCACGGCUACGUUGAGGUGUUUAUAGCGAUCAUCACAGUUAUUGGCGAUAUGGCAUCUGUAUUGAAGAGUGUUUCCUUAAAAGAGUUGAGGCAGCAGGCGCAAAGCGCUCUUCUCUCCAGCGAGGUGGUGGCCAUCGUCAAAGUGGCCGCAGAAUUGAAUGACGGACGUGAUGGUUUCAGGGAGCAAGUGCGGUGGGUGGAAAGCCAACUUCAACAACUUUCAAAGGUGGUGUAA